CCUUAAAUGAAAAUGGUGACGUCAUAUAGCGGCAUAGAUAUCGCAGUUGGUGCUGAGGAGAGAGCAUCUGACCGACAUCAUUGAACAGAAGCCAGCGAUGGAGCAGAGAAGGUUCUGGAGCGGCCGCUCAUAGUCAGCUCCGCCAUGGUGGACUCGGUCCAAACUGCUGCGGACAGACAUGGGUCCGGUUCCCUGGCGAGUAAAGGGAAGAAAUCACCCAGAAAGGCGCGAUCCAGGCGAGGAAGACAAGGCAGGAAGAGGCGGAAUAAAAGGAAGAGGAACAACAGAACCCCGCCGCCCACCUUCCCCCCGGAGGCUGAGGAGGGAAACAUAGAGUAUAAGUUAAAGCUGGUUAACCCCACACAGUACCGCUUUGAGCAUCUGGCCACCCAGCUGAAGUGGCGUCUGCAGGAGGGCCGCGGCGAGGCCGUGUACCAGAUCGGAGUAGAGGACAACGGCCUGCUGGUGGGUCUGACAGAGGCCGACAUGAGGGGAUCGCUGAAGACCCUGAAGAGGAUGGCAGAGAAGGUCGGAGCCGACAUAACACUUCUACGAGAAAGGGAAGUGGACUACGGCCUGGACAGAACCAGCCGGAAAAUAGCAGAGGUUCUAGUGCGAAAGGUUCCUGAUGAUCAGCAGUUCCUGGACCUGCGUGUGGCGGUGCUGGGUAACGUGGACUCUGGGAAGUCCACCCUGCUGGGCGUCCUGACGCAGGGAGAGUUGGAUAACGGCCGAGGCAGAGCGCGGCUGAACCUCUUCAGACAUCUGCAUGAAAUCCAGACAGGACGUACCUCCAGCAUCAGCUUUGAAAUUUUGGGCUUCAACAGCAAAGGGGAGGUGGUGAACUACAGCGAGUCCCGAACAGCCGAGGAGAUCUGUGAGAGCUCCUCCAAAAUGAUCACCUUCAUUGACCUGGCAGGUCACCACAAGUACCUGAAGACCACCAUCUUUGGUCUGACCAGCUACUGCCCUGACUUCGCCAUGCUGGUGGUGAGCGCCAACACGGGUGUAGCCGGUACCACCAGAGAGCACUUAGGCCUGGCCAUGGCUCUGAAGGUCCCCAUUUUCAUCGUGGUCAGUAAAGUGGACCUGUGCUCGCGCGGCACCAUGGAGAAAACUGUCCGCCAGUUGGAGCGAGUCCUCAAGCAGCCAGGCUGCAACAAGGUUCCCAUGAUGGUGCUGAGCCCGGACGAUGCUGUGACUGCAGCGCAGCAGUUCGCCCAGUCUUCAUGCAUCACUCCCAUCUUCACCCUUUCCAGUGUGUCUGGAGAAAGCCUGGACCUCCUGAAAGUUUUCCUCAACAUCCUUCCUCCACUGAGCAACAGCAAAGAACAGGAGGACCUGAUGCAGCAGCUUCCUGAGUUCCAGGUGGAUGAGAUCUACUCGGUUCCCGACGUUGGGACGGUUGUGGGAGGAACUCUGUACAGCGGAGUGUGCAGGGAGGGCGAGCGGCUGGUUGUUGGUCCCACAGAGGAGGGCCGCUUCCUGCGUCUGAAAGUGGGCAGCAUCCACAGGAACCGCUCGGCCUGCAGGGUGUUGAAGGCCGGGCAGGCAGCCACUCUGGCUCUGGGCAACUUUGACCGCUCACUGUUACGCAAGGGCAUGGUGAUGGUCAGCCCCAGGAUGAACCCCACUAUCUGCCGCCAGUUUGAAGCCGCCAUCGUUCUGCUCUUCCACGCAAAUACCUUCCGGCGCGGCUCGCAGGUCACGGUCCACGUGGGUAACGUCCGGCAGACGGCUACGGUGGAGCGCCUUCAUGGAAAGGAGGAGCUUCGGACUGGAGAAAGGGCCGUCGUCUGCUUUCGCUUCAUCAAGCACCCAGAGUAUCUGCGCCUGGGUGCCAAGCUGCUGUUCAGAGAGGGCGUCACCAAGGGCAUUGGUCAUGUGACAAGCCUGCUGCCCCAUGACCAGAAUCUGAGCCGGGAUCAGAACCUGCAGGAUUAUUAGAGCCCGUUCAUUGGCUCAGGUGCUGUUAUCUGCUGCCACAUGGAUGCCCCCUGCCCUCCCUAAACAACCCCCCCCACCCCCAUGGCGCACCGUCUGCUGGUCAUCAGUGUUGUGAACGCACCCCUUCAGACGUCUGACCGCUCACACAGAAACCACAAGGAAAGGAUGAUGAAACCCAGAGCAGUGCUGGGAGGAGGAUGGCACCAGAACCGAUCCAGAGCAUCCAUGUGGAUCUGCUCCUCCUAACUGAUCCUUCCUCCCAUCUCUGCUCAUCAUCCUGUCUCACCAGACUGAUGCUGUGCUACGCUAGCUCCCUUCACUGUCUGUUUGUGUGGCAGCAAAAUAUUCCAAGAAAACAGACUUUCUGAUUGAAAGAAGCUAAAGGAGGAAGCUAAGGUUGGGUCCUCUAGGGGCCACUGGGGGCCAUGUGAGGGGAGGUGAUGCUUAAGGGUAAAGACCAGGAGUUCAGCUGAAAACUGUUUCUUAGGAAGGAAAGAGAAUCAUGACAUCAUCAUCCAGAGCUGAGAGGGUCUGUCUACACCAGAUAGUCAGACCAGCAUACCUACAGUCAAUACGCAGGAGCAAGACGUCACAUUUGCAUUUAACCCUUUAGUUUUGUAGGAAAAAUACACUUUAAACUACCUCAGCGGGCGUGCAUCCCUUUAGUCACGUACAAAAAAAA